AUGCAAUAUGCUAAUGGUGGAGACCUUCAAAAUUACCUUAAAGAAAAUUUUAAAAAAUUGACUUGGGAUAAUAAGAAGAAAUUAGCACUUCAGAUCGCAGAUGGAUUAAAUUACUUGCAUAACGAAGAUGUAUUACACAGGGAUCUUCAUUCUAAGAAUAUUGUUAUUCAUGAUGGUAAUGCUAAAAUAACAGAUUUUGGUAUUUCAAAAAUUCAAAAUAAUCAACAAUCAACAAUUCAUUUUGGUAAUAUUGGUAUUAUUGCUUAUAUGGAGCCAAAACGUAUUCUUGAUCAAAGUUUUCCAUACACCAAAUCAUCAGAUAUUUAUAGUUUUGGUGUAUUGAUGUGGGAAAUCUCAAGUGGGUAUCCACCAUUUAAAGAUUGUGAAAAUAUAAUUACACUUGGUCUUGCUAUUAAUCGUGGUGCUCGUGAAACUGCAAUUCCUGAGACUCCUAUAGAAUAUGAAGAACUUUAUAAAAAAUGUUGGGGGCAAGAACCUGAACAAAGACCAGCUAUUAGUGAAGUAUUGAAUGAAUUUAAAAGAAUGAAUGUUGGUAUUGAAUUAAUGAAAGUGUCACAAAAUGAUGAAACACCAAAAGUACUACAAGAUGAUGACGAAUUAUUUAUAAAAUCCAUUGCUUAA